ACCCACCUUGUGAAUUAACACGUGUCGAGGAUUUAUUUUUAUAGAGAGGAAGUGUUUUUAAUCACUUUUCUGUGUAGAUUUGGUUUAUUCUUCAGUGAUAUUUUCUUACCGAAAGAUUACUAACAGACAUCUCAAUGGCGAUGCAAGUGGAAUUUUCGCCCGCUGCAAUAGGAGACUUUCUUCACGAAUAACAUAAUGUCUAUAUUUCAAACUUAAAUACCGCAGUAAGGAAGUAGAAAGACAUUUGGGAAUUUUAAUCGGAUGAAGUGUGUUUGGCAACUGAAAUCUGAGGAUGGAAAAUUGUGCAGAACACUGAUUGGGUCGAAUGUGGAUGUAUAAUAUUUGCUACAAAAAACAAAGAAGAAGAAAGAAAGUUAGGAGAAACACGCACACGGAAAUUUCACAGGAAAUCACAACUCAUAACAUUUUUGGUGAGUUUUAGAAAUAUGAGACGUGAAAAAGAUAUUAUGAAGAAUGUGAACCAAUCGUCACCAGGACAACAUUUCAUCAUGGACUGAUAUUUUUUUAUGAAAGUUAACAGAUGCUAAAAAAGAAUACUAUUUGCGAAAGAUAACUGGAUUACAUACACAAAGUAGAUAGCUGAAAUUUGGUGAAAAACUCCCAUGCGUCUUUCAUGAAUUGGGGUCACAGUGCUGUUUUAAAUCACGAAAUAAAACAACUGGAAAAUACCCCAACAACUGUGAUUUGACAUUUCAUAAGGUCGUGGACUCUUGGACUCGAGAAACGUAAUUAUACCGAGUGCUCAAAAGUAAUAAUAAUGCAUUUUUCGUUGACAUUUAAGGACCCUUAAACAAGCGAAUAGUGUUAAUAAGUCAGUUUCAUCAAUUUUAUUGAUAAAUUAAGAAGAAGAAGAAGAAGAAGAAGAAGAAGAAGAAGAAGAAGAAGAAGAAGAAGAAGGAGAAACAAAAGAGGACAUCAACAUGUAUGGACAGAUGUAUCCUCAAAAACUCUCCUCUUCCUCAUCAUCGUCAUCGUCGUUUUUUAUCCGGGAUAUUUUGGGAUCGGAAGUCGGGACUUCAAAUCCGACACAGCCAGGGAGAUUCUACUCCGAGACAGACCAGACACUGAUGGGUGUGUCCCAAUCCUACCUGAACCCACCCUACCAGUCCGGUGCCGUCGGGACACCAACCACGCCCACUUUAGGGAUGUCCCCGUACCAGGCCAGUUUCUUCACUGCUAUGCACAGAGGGUUUCCACUUGAUAGCAUGUUGGAUCUCAGGGACGCCAUGACAGUGCCUAUUCCACUUCCGGUUUAUAUAAGGUCAAGGACGCCUGGAGAUGCGGAAGGUCUGAUGAAGCCAAGGAAAUGUCGGCGGAGCCGGACUGUUUUCACGGACCUACAGCUCAUGGGCUUAGAGAAGCGUUUUGAGGGACAGAAAUAUCUGUCUACACCAGAGAGACUCGAUCUGGCCGACAGUCUGGGUCUCACGCAAAUCCAGGUCAAAACGUGGUAUCAAAACCGACGGAUGAAGUGGAAAAAAAUGGUCAUGCAGAAAGGCGGAUCGCAAUCACCAACAAAACCGAAAGGUAGACCAAGAAAAGACCAUUACGACGGAGAGAAGGAACAGUGUGGAAAACAUCAUAUAUUAGAACGUGGGUCUGAAAGUCCAUUAAUGAGAAUAAACUUUGAAAAUGACAAUAACCAAUCGGAAUCGAUAUCCGAAAAAAUCGUUUAUCAGAAGGUCUUUCAUAAGCCAUUAUCAAAUUUAUAAUAUUGUAAACAAACGCAAUUAAAAGAGUUUGUAAGACAGUCUCU